AUGUAUCCGAAAUACCACCACCGCUGGGCGCUAGUUGCUCUGGCUGCGACUCCGUUGUGUGCUGCUCAAACCUUUACGAGCUGCAAUCCCCUAGAAAAGACAUGUGCUGCGGAUGUCGGGCUUCCACAGUGGGAAGUAUACACGGACUUUACCUCAGGAUCUGCGGCGUUCAACAGAUGGAACACCACGGCUGGGAAGGUUGAGAAUACUUCUCUCGGAGCCAAAUUUACCAUCUCAGCACAGGGCGAUGCCCCGACUAUUGAAAGUGAUUUUUACAUUUUCUUCGGUCGGGUAGAGGUCAAUAUGAAAGCUGCCAACGGCACCGGCAUCAUCAGCACAACUGUGAUGGAGUCUGAUGAUCUCGAUGAAAUCGACUGGGAACAAAUCAGCACCUACGACUCAUCCAUUCAAACGGACUACUUUGGCAAGGGCAACACAACCCUAUACAACCGUGACACUACCGUGAGCGUCACCCGUCCCGAGGAGCAAUUUCACACCUACACUGUCGACUGGACCUCAGAACGGAUCGAAUGGCUUUUAGACGGCAAGGUCGUCCGCACGCUCGAGUACGCCGACGCCUUGGGCGGGCAGAACUACCCCCAGACGCCCAUGCGCAUCAAGAUCGGGAUCUGGGCUGGUGGUGACCCGAACAAUGCCCAGGGGACUAUCACCUGGGCUGGCGGCGAGACUGACUAUACCACUGGACCGUUCACAAUGUACGUGGACUCCGUCAGAGUCCUCAACUACAAUCCCGCCUCAGCCUACACGUACACCGACAAGACCGGCGCCUAUACCAGUAUCAAGGCGACGAACAGUACUACAUCGAACGAUAAGGCAUUGAGUUCGGCAAUUGUCAAAUCUGCUAAUGCAUCGAGCUCAGAUGUGUCUGGAUCGACGUCUAGCUCGUCUUCCGUUUCACGUUCUGCGAUUACUGCGACUCAUGUCUCUUCUCUCACCUCUUUACCUGUCACUGCCGUUGCCACUGCCUCCACUGCCUCUGUUUCUCCCUCCUCUUCUCCUUCGACUUCUUCGACUCCCGUCUCUGCGGCUUCUGCGACCUCACCCAUGUCCGCGGGAGUGACGUUGAUUCUCACAAUGGUGGCGACUUUGCUACAGCUAUGA